UCCAUAACCGUAGCCAAGCCCCACUAACCUUGAGCGUGAUUGGCCCGACGACGUAGAAUCUUCGUUGUCCGAGAGACAUCGAACGCGGAGUGAGCUGCACACAUGUUACACACGUGUUUGAUGUUGUGUUGUAGACCCUAACGAUUUACAUUUCGAUUUUAAGCUUGUAAUUUUAUAUUUCAGUUUUAGGCCCUUUGAUGGAUACUGAUACGAAUUGUAUGCCGUCAAGUUGAAGUCUGAUUCACGGACCACGGUUGAAUCCCUGCAGGGGCACUUUAAGGCUGGGAGCCAUCAGUGACAGUCGCUGCCAUGAAGACGGUGUGUCUGACGCCGUCGGCCAACUGGUACAGCGCCGGCGCGCUGGCGUCGGACGGAGACCGGCUGUUGGUGGGCUGCGCGCGCCAGGCACUGCUGCUGGCCGGCCCGGUGACCACGGCCGCCGGCGGCGCGCCGUCGCUCCACCACCACGGCGUCGUAGAGGACGCCCACAGGGAGCGGGUGGUGGGCGCUGUCGUGUGGCGCCACGCGCCCGGCGCUGUCUCGGUCGUCUCCUGCGGGGAGGACGCCCUGGUCAAACUGUGGACGUGCGAGGUUGCUGAGGAGGAGGGCCGGUUUCGGUACCACUGUGAGAAGCAGCACAAUGCGCACGGGAAGCUGAAGGUGGCGGCUGUGGCGCACGCGGCGCGCUCGCCGCACGUGGCGAUCUCGGUGGACGAGCGCGGCACGUUUGUCGUCUGGGACACGGUGGCUCACACCACGCGCACUCUGUUCCUGGAGAAGAUGGCGCCCACCGAGCUGCGCUGCUCGCCGCACACGGAGCACGUGGUGGCCGUGGCCGGGAAGCGCGGUCUCCUCUGGACAGUCUCCCUCGCUGCCAGUGGCCGGGUGCUGCAGAAGCUGCGCGGUCACGAUGAUGACGUCACGUCCAUCAGCUGGUGCCCCGAGCUGACCACACUGCUGUCGUUCGAACAGGAUCAUCUGCUCGUCUCGGCCUCCAAAGACAAAACCAUACGAGUGUGGGGGACGCGCGGCGGCCGGUGCCACGUCACGCAGCGCGUGCCAGCGCCGGCCGAGGGUGGUGGCCGGCGGCAGUCCGCGGGUCUCGGAGGUGAGCGCGCCUGGCUGGCCGUGCUGUGGACGGCGUCCGACUGUCUGUACAGCAGCGGACUGACCGGCCAGCUGCUCCGCUGGCGGCUGGCGGGGAACGGUGACGGCUGUCAGGUGGUCCACCGGUGUCACGGACGGAGUCUGUUCAACAUUGUCGGGCUGGGUGAGCUGGUGGUGAGCAGCGGCAUUCAGCGCCAGCUGGUGGUGCACGACCCGCGCUCACUGCUCACCGGCACCGUGCCGUGUCUGGGGGGACAGACGGCAGCUCUGGACACCUGUCCCGUGGACCCCGGCAGGCUGGCGAUAGGCUGCGGCGACCACACGAUCCGCGUGUGGAACCUGGGUGCUGACACGGCCUACAGCACCGUCACUGUCUGGCAGGGCAUCAAGGCUAAGGUGCUGACGGUGGCGUGGCACCCGCACAAGGACACGCGACUGGCGUUCGGCACAGACGAGGGCCGGGUGGGCGUGUGUGACCCGGGCGCCGGCCGGCCGCCGCAGCUCUGUCCCGAGCACCACUCGGGCCCCGUGUACUCGGUGAGCUGGUCGCCGGCCGGCCAGCUGUUCUCGCUGUCUCUGGGCGCCGUGUGGCGGCACGACGCCUCCCGGCUUUCGGCCGUCCCCUGGCCGCCGGCGGCCGGACGCGCCGCCUGCUCGCAGCUGAGCUGGGGCGGCGGCGGCGCCGCGCUGGGCCGCCAGGAUGGCGCCGUGGAGCUGCUCACCACGGACGGCCUGGUGCGCGGCGCCGCGCUCGGACACCGCCGACUGGUCACCGCGCUCCGCUGGGGCCCGGCGGGGGCCGGCGAAUCCCGACCGCUGGCGGUCGCCUCGUACGACUCCUUCGUCAGCGUGUUUGAUGUACCUGACCUGGAUGGGUCCGGCUGUCCGGAGCUGCUGCAGGCGCGCAUCACCCUCACCGGACACAAGUCUCGUGUGCUGGACCUUGCCUGGCUGCAGGACAGCCCCACACGACUGGUCUCGGCGUCACAGGACGCCACAGUGAGGGUCUGGGACACGGUGGCCGGCUCAGCCGUGGCGGUGUACUCGGGUCACCACCGGCCGGUCCGCUGCUGUCUCCCCCACCCGCUGCUGGCCGGACACGUGUUCAGCGGGGGCGACGACUGCUCACUGCACCUGUGGCGGGUGGAUGAGCAGGAUACCAACGUACCGGAGACAGCAGAGCCGACCGCCGCGCCAUUGCCAGCCCCCACCGGGAAGGAGAAGGGACGGACCCGCGCGGGUGCCUCGGGAGACGGAGCUCCAGCGGUGGCUGUCAACGGGACAGACAGCGCGUCCAGGGACCGGACUCCGCCGGCCGCCGCCGCUGCGGCCGCCCCAGCGCAGCCCAGAGAGCUGGGGGACGGCCGCAGGGCGCGCACCCAGCGCUCGCUGUUCCCGCUCUCCGGGGCCGCCGAAAACCGCGGCAAGGCGCACAGCCAGGCCGACCUGGAACACCUGAUGGCGGCCGGCGACGGCAGCGCCCCUGGCGGAGACGGCUGGAGUCACGUCGGCCUGUUCGGGGACGACACGGCGCUGAGAGAUAUGGUCGUCAAAGAAAUGCGUCACCACGAGGCGCAGAAGAGCUCCGCGCAGCUGCUGCACAUGUCACUGUGGCGCGGAGACACGGCCGCCGUGGUGAGAGCCGCCGCUGCCGAGGCACUGCUCACUGACGAGCUGCUCGCGCUGGCGCCCAUGGUCUCUUACAGGCUCUGGGAGGAGAUGAGUCUCAAGUACGCCGAGCAGCUGGAGAACUCGAAGGAGUGCCUGAAGGCCUCCUCCGUGCUCCUGGCCUGUCACAAGGUGUCUGAAGCUGUGGCGCUGCUGCUCCGACACAGCCUGUACCGCGAGGCGCUGUGUGUCUCCCGGCUGAGACUGGCUCCCGACGACCCCAGCCAUGGUCGGAUCCUGCGACUCUGGGCCGACCAGCUCACCACCGAAGGCAACAUGGAACAGGCGGCCAAAUGUUACCUGUCCCUGGGCGACUGGGCGGCGGCGGCUGGCGUCCUCUCCCGUCGCUCCGACCCCGGCUCACUGCGACUGGCCGCCCGGCUGUGGGCGCGCGCCGGCGACCGCACCCAGACGCGCGCCCUGGCGCUGCUCUGUGUACACGCCAGCUGUCUGCGCGCCGAGUGGGACGUCGGCCUGGCCGUGGCCAGGGAGGUGCCCGUGGUGGUGGCCGGGGCGCACCUGUGCGUCGCCCACCGGACAGUUACCGCCGAGCUGGAGCCCACCAAACAGCGUCUGUACGAGUGGGCGGCCCGACUGCUGAGUGGGAAGGACGGUACCGGCUCCACGGAGCAGACAACGCGGCACGCGGUGGACGGGAAGAGUGAUGGAUCAGGGAAGAGUGCGGAGGAGAGAGGGAAGGAGCGAGAGGGGUCCUCAGCAGAGAGUGGAAAACAAGAGAGUGAAACCAGGGAAGAGAAAAGUUCCGACGUACAGCAGACAGUCAUGAAGUGCGACGGUACAGCAGUCGGAGAGGAGAGUCGUGAUGCGACUGCCGUCAGCUCGCAGGAGGACGGCACCGAGUGGCUGUUGGCUCAGCUCCGCCACGCCUGGCGGACGGCGGGGUUGGAGCAGGAGGAAGACCUCCAGCAGAGUCUGCAGGAGGUGUCCUACCGGACCAUGCCAACCUCGCCCAAACAGCUGUGGCUGGCGGUCUGUUCGGAGCUGUCUCUGGCCGCCCUGGAGUCGGAGCCGGCCGUCUGGGCGGCGCGGCUGGUCAAACUGCUGGCGCUCUGUCAGCAGAGCGUGCCGUCCCAGCUGCCCCUGCUCUGCGCACUGCUGGUGCCCUCCCCCACGGGGUGUCUGUGGGAGACGGGCAGAAAGUACAUUCUGCCGUCCCUGCUCUCAGUACUGCACCAAAAGGCUCACCUCGCCGGCUCGGAAUCCUCCGCCACCCCGAGCUCAUCAAACGGUGUGAAAGUGGCGCCAUCCUCCGCCGCCGGUGAGCAGUCGCAGUGCGAUAUAUCGCCGACAGAUGGCACUAGCGCCAACACUGACCGGCCUGCUUCGGUCUCCACUCAAGGUAGUAUGAGAAGUGACAACACGGGAGACGAUCCCAGAGGUAGCAGUGCUAUCAAUAGUGAUACGGGUGCCAAGACGGUGAUCUCAGGCAAGGCUGAUGCUGCUCGGACGGAGGCCAGUCUCUCAGAGUGUAUCCGUCGGCUGGAGUUGCUGUACGUCUCGGGGAAGACCCAGGAGGAGGAGAGGAUGUUCUCCGAGCUGUCAGCGCGGCUCGAGGCGCUGUGAUACCCUCCAGACACGGGUGUGGUAGGGAGGGUAAA